AGCCGGGGCGGUUGAGGGCGCAUAAUUCCCGGCCGCUCUCCCCGGGAGACAGACGGCAGGGCGGGCACCUGGCUGGGUGGGGCCGAGGGGCGGUACGCACCCGGGGGGAAGCCAAUGAGAAAACCAGGCCCGGCCCGAGGGGCGGUGCUGUCGGUCACAUGCGCACCUGGGACCGCCGGCGGCGGUGGCACGGGCACCCCGAGCGGGAGGAAGGGAACGGGGCCGGGCCGGGGCGGGGUUAGGCAGGUGACUGACAGGCUCCGGGGGGCCGGCCCCAGCUGGGAGCCGCGAGCGAUCCAGGAGUAGCUGCGGCGGUGUCCGCCCCCUCCCUCCGCCCCUCCAGCCGGCUGGUCUCUGGCCGGCCACUGUCGCGGGCCCCCCUGGCCUGGCCACCUCCCUCUCCCCUGGCCCGCAAAGUUUGUGGCGAAGCCGGCGUCGGGCAGAGCGCGCCCCGAGGGAGAUCCAGGAGCUCCCGAUGUCGUGCUGCGGGAGCCGUUGACCCCGGGACGCCGCGGUUUGGGGCAGCAGCGUGGAGCAGCCGGCCGCCUGCCGUCUCCGGUGCAUGGGGACCGGUUGAGAAGCCAGCAUGGGCAACUGCGUGGGGAGACAGCGCCGGGAGAGGCCGGCUGCUCCGGGACACCCCCGCAAGCGAGCAGGAGGAGAUGGGUCAACUGCUGGAAGAUUCCCAGCUCCCCGUGGUGUUAGGAACCUGAACUUUCACUCUGCAGGACGGAAUGAGCCCUUGAAGAAGGAGCGGCUCAAGUGGAAGAGUGACUACCCCAUGACGGAUGGGCAGCUGCGGAGCAAGCGAGAUGAGUUCUGGGACACAGCUCCUGCCUUUGAGGGCCGAAAGGAGAUCUGGGAUGCCCUCAAGGCUGCCGCCUAUGCUGCUGAAGCUAAUGACCAUGAGCUGGCUCAGGCCAUCCUGGAUGGAGCCAGCAUCACUUUGCCUCAUGGAACCCUUUGUGAAUGCUAUGAUGAGCUGGGCAAUCGAUACCAACUGCCCAUCUAUUGCCUGUCACCGCCUGUGAACCUGCUGCUGGAGCACACGGAGGAGGAGAGCCUGGAGCCUCCUGAGCCUACCCCCAGUGUGCGCCGAGAAUUCCCGCUGAAAGUGCGCCUCUCCACAGGCAGGGACGUGAGGCUCAGCGCCAGCCUGCCCGACACAGUGGGGCAGCUCAAGAGGCAGCUGCACAGCCAGGAGGGCAUCGAGCCGUCCUGGCAGAGGUGGUUCUUCUCUGGGAAGCUGCUUACAGACCGCACACGGCUCCAGGAAACCAAGAUUCAAAAAGACUUUGUCAUCCAGGUCAUCAUCAACCAGCCCCCACUACCCCAGGACUGAUAGACAGCUGACUCCUGGGAAGAGAGGCCAUGGAGGUCCCCUGCAGGCUGUGGGGCCUAGGCCUGGUGCACAAGGCCCCCGGCCUGUGGCCGCCUCCCAGCGCUGUUGUCUUCUUCAGGGGCACCUCCUGCCACCCUGCUGUAUGGCUCUUAGUGAGCCAUGAAGGGACUUGCCUUCCAGGGUGCUGGAUCCACAGAGCUGCCUGCCACACACAGGCCUUGUCAACCUUGUCGGAGAAACGGCACCUGGCAUUCACCACCACGGGUUGGCGCCGUGGGGGCUGGCCUGCAAACCCUGGACCCCAGAUCUGUCAUCUGGUGCCACCACUGUGCUCACUCCAGUUUUCUGCUCAGGGUUGGAAGCAAUUGCUGUCUCCCCCCUUUGUCCCUCACCAUGACUCUGCCCUGGGCACAGUGCCAGUCCCCUGGAGGGGAGGGAAUCACCAGUGAGCCCCAGGGCUUGGAGAGCUUGAGGCGGGCCUCUCUGCCUCUCCCUGCACCCAGCACAAUCGGCAGAGAUGAGGCAGAGGGCCAGGUAGCCAGGCUUUAUGCAGUGGUCUGCACAGGGCCAUCCCCAACGGUAACCCAGGCAGGGUCGGCUCUGUAGCCUGGUCACGGCCCCAGCAGGGCCCUGUGUACAGACACAUCUGCAUUUUAUCAAUAAAGCCUUUUGCUCCUCCUCA